AUGGCCAGCGACCUCGGAGCCGCGCCUGAGGCGGGUCCCCCGGAUGGCAAGAUGGCGGCCAUGGCACCGUUCGCCACGGACGAGCUGGAGCCGUCCUUUGAGCGGACUCGCAUCCGGUCUAUAGUGACAGCCGUUGACGUCGCGGCGCUGGCAGGGAAGAAGAUGGUGGUUGGGGGCUGGGUGAGGACGGGGCGAGAGCAGGGGAAAGGAUCAUUUGCUUUCCUAGAGCUCAACGACGGGUCGUGCCUAGCGAAUUUGCAGGUGAUCGUGGACGCUGCUGUACACCCGCUGGCGCAGCUGACGCCGACGGGCACCUGCGUGGUAAUUGAGGGCGUGUUGAAACGACCUCCUGAGGGGGUUAAGCAGAGCCUAGAGUUGCGAGCGGAGCGGAUCCUGGAGGUUGGUCCCUGUGAUCCGGGCAAGUACCCUCUGCCCAAGACUCGUCUCACCCUUGAGUUCCUAAGGGAUUGGGUCCACCUUCGGGCUCGAACCAAUACGGUAAGACUGUGUUCUCUGUUCUUCUUCAUAUUCAUCACGAUUGUAGUCAAUUUAGGGUCAUUUUUGUCUUCGUGCUGCUUCCACUCUUGUGUUGCUCUAGUUGAAUAAAAUUUCUCGAGAGAGUUUUCGAGAAUUGUUAUUACUACUGUGAUUUGCCAUUGCAACUUUCCUGAAGUGAGAUUGGUUACAUGUCAUUGACUGGUUGAACGGUAGAUUGCAUUUUCAUAUGCUGGUAACGAUUGCCACGGUGGUGACGGGUUUCAAGUUUGAAUGGUAGUUGUUUGCAUUAUAGUGGUGUGCUUUGAUUGACAAUUUUUAGUCACAAAGCUUGUUCCUUGAAACAAAAGUAUAUGCAUACCUGAUCGUGCGUAGUUAACUGUGUCAUUGUGGUAUCCGCUGUUCGACUUCAAGUAUUUCUUUACAUUGUGUCCUUUGUACGCUUCAUUAGACUAGCUCAGUAUUUUUGACAUUUAUGUACAUCAUUACUUUAUAUUACUAAAUAAUUUGAGGGUAAUUUAAUUCUGUCUCCAGAUAUCGGCAGUUGCUCGAAUCCGGGAUGAGCUUGCUUAUGCUACUCAUACAUUCUUUCGUGAGAAUGGAUUUCGUUACAUACACACUCCUAUAAUCACAACCAGUGAUUGUGAGGGUGCCGGGGAAAUGUUUCAGGUCACUACGUUGUUUAGUGAUGCAGAAAAGGUGGAGAAGGAGUUGAAGGAAAACCCACCUCCAUCUGAAUCUGACAUUGAAUCAGCUAAGCUUAUUGUGAAAGAGAAAGGAGAGGCAGUUGCACAUUUGAAGUCUAUUAAAGCCAGUAAGAGCGAAAUCACUGCUUCUGUAACUGAACUGACGAAGGCUAAGGAAAAUCUUUCAAGAUUAGAAGAGAGGUUCAAGCUUAAGCCUGGUAUUCCCCAGAAGGAUGGAAAAACUGAUUAUGCACUUGAUUUUUUUGGGCGGCAGGCAUUUCUAACAGUUUCAGGCCAGCUUCAGGUGGAAACAUAUGCCUGUGCCCUUGGUAAUGUUUAUACAUUUGGUCCAACAUUUCGUGCAGAACACUCCCACACAUCACGACAUCUGGCUGAAUUUUGGAUGGUUGAACCUGAGAUAGCAUUUGCCAACUUGGAGGUAAGAUCUGUGAACUAUUUUUGGUAUAUCCUAGAAUUCUUCCUCAGUGCUGGUUACUUUCACAGUUCAAUAAUUUCUGACGUAUAUUUUUUUACAGGAUGACAUGAACUACGCAGAGAGUUAUGUCAAAUUCCUUUGUCAAUGGUUGCUCGACCAUUCUCUUGAGGACAUGGAAUUUAUGGCGAAGAAUUACGAUAAAACUGCCAUUGAACGUCUAAAGCUAGUAGCAUCGAGUCCAUUUGUUCGAAUUUCUUACACAAAAGCUGUUGAGCUUCUUGAGAAUGUGACUGACAAAAAGUUUGAGAAUCCAGUUUCGUGGGGCAUUGAUCUAGCAUCGGAGCAUGAGAGGUAGGUAAUAAAAAUUAGGGACGUAAAUAGACAUGAAACAGGUGGGAGCAAUUGCCUCUCAUGUGAAACAGAUAGGCGCAUAGCUUUUCAAUAAUUACCAAUGAUCAUAAUUUUCGUGGAUGAUCAUUGAGCUGUGUUUUUGGACUUCUAGGUUAUGAUUGAUUUUUUAGUCCUAAUCAGAAAAUUCCUAGAAACUUCUAGGAAUUUUCAGCUUUUUUGGUAACAAAAAAGUAAAUAGUGAAAGAGAGAAUUCAAGAGGCCUGUAGUGAUUGUAAUAAUAAUAAACAUAAUAAUAACGACCAACCAGCUAUUCACUGGACUCACAUGGCGCUUUUUUCCUGUUGCUUAUUCGAAUUUGAUAUUGGGAAUUGGAUUAAUUUGACACUCUUCUGACAAUGGUGGAUGACUUAAUAAAUAAAAAAUUAUGUAUUUUUAGGAAUUAUAUCUGAAAGAAUUUGUGGAUUUGUUAUUGUGCCAUAUGUAUCCAAUUCCAGCAAUUGCUGGAAGGGGAGACCCAUUUUCCAAACGUUGCUUGUAUGUUUGAGAUACAAUCAUAAUAUUUUAAUGUCUAGAUCUAUGCACAUCUCUUUACAUGUCUAUUCUUACUUCUUUUUCAUGUCUGAAAUAUUGCCCCUCUUUUUUUUUUGUUUGAAAAAAGGUACCUAACAGAGGUGAUAUUUAAGAAACCUGUGAUUGUUUACAAUUAUCCUAAAGGCAUUAAGGCAUUUUACAUGAGGCUUAAUGAUGAUGGUAAAACAGUAGCUGCUAUGGAUGUGCUUGUGCCCAAGGUAUGCUCACCUUUCAUUUUGACUAGGGAUUUUGAAUUUUAAACAUUUCUUAGUUAAAGCUGCUCCGGGGAUUGUAGCUUUCAAGAAAGGGACAAUAGCCUACGUAGUGGUUCAAGACUUUUCUUACAGUUACCUAUGUCUUGCCCACUGCAGGUAGGAGAGCUGAUUGGAGGGAGCCAGAGGGAGGAGAGACUUGAUGUCCUUCAGCAACGGUAUAUCUUAUUUGACUGUUAUUUUUCGAACGUAAAUGUCAUGUAGCUCCUAAUUAUCUGUUAGCUAUUCUCUGUAAAGUUGGAUCAUUUCAUUACAUCAUUUUUUUCUAAUACUAGUGUUUGAAGCAUUACCUCUCAGUUUUUUAGCUUCGCCAAUUCUAAGCAGCUGAGAACUUAAAGCCGUAGGAUUUCAAAAUGAGAACAUUGUCAUCCAUGUGCAUUUGAUAUUACUUGAUCGCUCUUAUCUAUCUUAUACUGUCGGACAUGGUGGUGGGUAUCAGGUGCACUCUUAUCAGGUAGCUAUCCUAUUUAGUCCCAAAGCUCGUGAAGAUGCCUCAUUUCCAAGGUUGUAGUUAGCAGAAUUGUUUUUUUGGAUUCUGAUGAUCACGGAACACACAGUUCAGUUUUUAGUUCACUUUUAAAUAUUCUAUAAUUUAGUAAAUAAAUAUAACUGUAUUUAAAAAGUUAGGCAAGGCUACUGAUUAUUUUAUAUUUUACGACAUGUAAUAUAAUUCUAGACUGAGGUCAACUAGUCAGAUCAUUAUGUUUUAUUUUAUUAAAUAUCUCGUGAAUUUGAAAUAAUACUCUUUUAAGUAGAUAUCAAGGGUAAAAUGAUGUAUACCGGUUAUUCUGGUCCAAUAUUAUUUUUAUAAAAAAAUAUUUUCCUACUGAUUACAAGUAUUUACGAAAAACAGUUGGAAACAUACUUCAAUCUUUUUACAUAUUUCGAAAUAAAUAUUUUAAAGGCUUGGACAUCAUUCGUAAUAUCGUCUACAAUUCGAAAUAACUAUUUUUGAAGUAAUACUCUUUUAAAGACUCUUCCAAGUCCUUGUGUUUCAUAAACAGGUGUCUUUUGCCUGGCCCCUUUCUUCCUUCGCAACUGAUUUGUCAACAUAUUCGUUUUUUGCAUAACUCAUAUUUAAGAAUUCUAGCUUUCUUAUUAUCAGUCUGGCUCUUGAAUUCUACUGCUGCUGGUUCAUGUAUUUAUGCGCUAUGGAUUUGUUUAUUAUGGCCGAUAUCAUCACUUUCCUUCUGUCUUUUGCAAGGAAACUUUUCUUGUAUUGUGUUCGAAGUGUUUGGAUGUUGCACCUUGACUUUCAUGUGCAUCUUUUGCCAUCAUUACGAAUAGUAAUGAUUGUGUAAUGUAUGGAUGUGAGAAAGUCUCAGGCAGGGAAUUUGGAAUAGUGGGAUCCUCAUCCUGAAUGGGAUUGGGCUUUGCCAUUCCCCGCUUCUUUUCUUUUCUUUUUGAUCAGGGUUCCAAUCACCUCGAUUGCGCUUGUAUUAUUUUUUGGUCAGCCAAUUUCUGCAUCGAGUCGACCUAUAGUUUGUCCAACUUUAGACUAACUCGUAGCUGAUCCGACUAGUUCUAUGGCCCAAUUAGUAGUAGCCUUUAUGGGGCUAUCUCCAGAAUUGAUGCUUAUCUAUGAUCUCCUAACUGCUGACACAUCCUCCCAGAUUGGACCAUAGAAACCUUGUCUUUCUGGUCAUAAGCCUUAAUACAUGCGCCUGUAGCAUAUGCUAUGGCAGGUCUUGUGGAAAAAAAAACCAUGUGGUGCAGACACCAGCUUUCGGCGUAGCUGAAUAAAUGUAUAGGCCGUUUGACUUUAUCCGUGGCGAACUGGACAAAACAAAGUUAUCCGAUCUUGCAUAUAUUUUUCAGAAGAUCAUGCUUCUAUCGUUGACUCUUUUUCGCUUGGACGCCAGACAUUGUAAUCUGGGACAAGAUGCCUGGUGAUUUCUGGUGGUUGACAUCCUUUCUUUUUGGAAGGGGGGGGUCGGUUGUUCUAAAUAUCCUGCUGAACUAGCCGCGGUUAUCAACUAAAUCUACCAAUUUCUGGAGAGCUAUCCUCACGAUUUGCUGAUGGUCAUCGCACCACGCUUGCAGGAUAUUGGACUCGGGUUUGCCAAUCGAACCCUACGAAUGGUACCUUGAGCUGCGUCGGUAUGGGACGGUGAAGCACUGUGGAUUUGGCCUCGGCUUUGAGCGGAUGAUCCUCUUCGCCACAGGUCUGGACAACAUCAGGGACGUGAUACCCUUCCCCCGAUACCCAGGCCGGGCGGACCUGUAG